UACGCCGUCACCAAAAACCCUAGCAACCAUGACAGCCGCCGUCCUCGCACGCCCGACGCUGGGCAACGUCCAGUGCUUCGGCAGGAAGAAGACCGCCGUGGCUGUGGCCCACUGCAAGCCCGGCCGCGGCCUCAUCAAGGUCAGCGGCGCGCCGAUCGAGCUCGUCCGCCCAGAGAUGCUCCGCCUCAAGGCCCUGGAGCCGAUCCUGCUCGCCGGGAAGUCCCGCUUCAAGGGCAUCGACAUGAGGAUCCGCGUGCGCGGCGGCGGCAAGGUGAGCCAGGUCUACUCGAUCCGCCAGGCCAUCGCCAAGGCGCUCGUCGCCUACAACCAGAAGUACGUCGACGAGGCAGCCAAGAAGGAGGUCAAGGAGAUCCUGGGCCGCUAUGACCGCACGCUGCUCGUCGCCGACCCGCGCCGUUGUGAGCCCAAGAAGUUCGGCGGCCGCGGCGCCCGUGCCCGCUUCCAGAAGUCGUACCGUUGAGCUCCCGUCCAACGAGAUCCCUUGUCUUCUUGCAUACUAUGCUAUCUUAGGUUAAUGAUGAGAUCGAAUGUCCUGAUAGUUUUUUUCUUUAUUAUUUGUUUCGACCUGUUUGAGCUUGAUUUUAAGAUAAAUCUAUAGGCACUACGUUGUACCUAGGUUAGCUUACAGGUCCUACAUUUCCAUGGGCAGAUUUUGUAUUAAUUACAGUGCAACCAGUUUAGCUGUAGAUUAUCCAUUCGCAGUUGAUUGUUACUGCAACUCUGGAGAAGAGAAGUAAAACCAGUGACA